AUGCUAACUGCGCUGGAGCCUGUUCACAGCAGCUGUACCUGCGCUCAGGAGCCAGCCUCGCUGCACGGGCUGGGCCAGCAGCCCCGUCCUGGCCUCCCCCUGCCCCUGGCCUGCACCUCGCCUGGGAGGCUGGGGAUCGGUGAGCUGGUCCCGGUGUUCACGGUGGAGGUGCUGUUCAAUGGCCGGAAACACACCCUUGAGAAGCGGUACAGCGAGUUCCAUGCCCUGCACAAAAGGAUAAGGAAGAUAUGCAAGGUCCCGGAUUUCCCCCCCAAGCGUGUCCCCAACUGGAUGUCGAAGGUGCUGGAGCAGCGGCGGCAGGGCCUGGAGUUUUACAUUCAGGGCGUCCUGUACUACAACAAGGAGCUGCCUAAGGAGCUGCUGGACUUCCUGAAGCUGCGGCACUUUCACCAGGAUGUCAAGGCCGGCAGCCUGCGCCACGGCAUCCUGCUCCCGCACCGGCCAGCUCUGAGCUUCCACAAAGACCCGUACGUGUUCCCCUCGUCCACAGAGCUGCUGCCCGACAUAGUGCUGAGCGGUGUGUUGCAAGGCCUCUACGCGCCAGCGCAUCCCUGCUGGGGGAAGGCGGCCCCCCACGCGCUUAGCCUGCCCUGCUCCGCGGCGUACCCACCGCCCAGCCUCUGCUCGGAGCACCUGCAACAAGGCCCGGACGCAGAGAGGCUGCUGUCGUGUUGA